UAUUAGAAAAAUCAUUUUGACUGAUAUAUUUCAACAAAAAUAAUAUUGUAAUUUUUUACAUUCAUUUUAUUACACAAAUUAUUUAAAUGGAACACAAUAUCAUAAAUACAUUAAAAGGUGACAGGGUAAGUAGUACUUACGCUGAGAUUUAUUUUGACGAUACUUACUGUAACCACAUCAAAUCUGAUACUAUAGAGGGUGGGCUUGAAUUAAGUAACCGGGGGCAAGAAACUGAGAAAUUAGAUAUUGAAGAUGAAUGGACGUCGCCUAGUGAUCUUCUUGUUGGUAUAAUCGAACUAAAACCACCAUUCACAUCUAAAAUCAAUCGUGGAAAGACUCAUGAAGGAAUAUGCCGAAUUGGUAAUGAGUUGUUAAAACAGGAACACUCAAAAUUUCUUAAAUCUCUUAAUAAAAAUAUAGCGGAAAAUGAUGCUGCAUGGGAGCAAAUUCUAAAGCAUGAAAGCGAAAAGGUUACAAAUAAAGUAAAGGUAAUAUAUGAUAAAAUCUUCAAAGAAAAAAGUCUAAUCAUGUCGAAUGAAAUCUCCAAAUUUUAUGAAAGUAAUUUGCAAGAGCUAGAAGAUCAUAUUAGAUCAGAAGUUCAAAUGGUACUUGAAAGUUCUCAGGCAAAUAUUAUAUCUACUUUAAAUGCGGAAAUAAGAGAAAAACUAAAACAGCAAAAAAAAUCUCUAGAAGAUAUCCUUCGAAAAAGGCUACUAAAUGAGGUUAAGAAGAUAAAUCACUAUUAUAGCCUACUUUUGCGUGAAGAAAUUGAUAAAAAUGAAUACCUUAUUAAUAAUGCAUUAAUUGAUAAAAACGACACACUCAAUGCUUUUGUUAGAUUAAUGGAAGCUGAUAAAAUCACCAGCAAUAUGUACGUUAUGAGCUUAGAAAGAAAGAAAUGUAAAGUUAAAAAGAUAAUAUUAAAAAAUUAUCACAAUGAAGAAAUACAAGAAAGAAUUGAGAAGAUCAAAGAAAGACGGGAUAUUAUAGAAGAUUAUAAAACUAGAGAGAAAACUAUACCAGCUAUAAACAAAGAGUGGACUGAAAAUAUAAACAAAAUUUUACAAUUAUUUCUCAAAUUCAUUGGGUUUUCUUUAAAACUUUUACCCGAACAAUCAACAUUUUUAUUAGAUUUAGAAAAACUAGUAAUACUACAACUCAACGAAAUACAAAAGCAACCAGAUGCCCCGCAAACAUUGCUACUUGAUGAGUCAAACUUAAUCAAUGAAUUCAACUUUGUCCAAAAGGAAAAUGAAAUGAAAGUUCCAUGUGAGAAUGAACCGUUUACAUUAGUAGGUGAUUUAUCCGAUCCAAUUCCCCCACAGUAUGGUAGUAGAGAAACGUUGGCUUCUAAUGUAGAUUUACCUUCAUUUAGGGUACAAAGACAGUUUGUUUACGCAAAAUGUCAUGGAUUUGAAGAUAUUAAAAAAGUUCUUGAUGUUAAAACAUGCCCAAUGUGUCACUAUACAGUUCCUAAAUCAGACGAAAUACAUUCAUCGGAUACAUUACACUCGAAUUUAGAACCUACAUUACAAUCUACUGAGGAUAUAACAACACUGACGACUACAGAAUAUACAACAACUUCAGAAUCAACAACCGACGAUACGACAACAACAACAGAUUCAACUACAGAGGAUACGAUAUCGUCAGCAUGGCUAUUAAAAGGUGCAAUAUCUUCAAGAAUACCCAUGGACGAUCAUACAUUUUCAAAAGGUUUUCUAUUAUCUGAAGCCCAUUACAAACGUUCUAAAGAAUGUCCAGCGAGAAGUUGUAUGAAUUGGCUAAGGAAACAAUCUUUUCUUAAUUUAAAAUCUUAUGUUAACUACUCAGAUGAUAACUAUGCAAGGGUUACUGCAAUUUUAGGUAAAAACUUUAGACGAAGAACAAGGCCCGUUCUGAUGAGACCAAAAGAUAUCGUAUACUCCGAGCCACCAUUUUUUGCUACUAAGGAAAAGUUUCAUACUGUCGAAACUCAGUGCUCUAGCGCAGAAGAUCUUGAUAUGGUAAAUACUGCCAGUUGCACUUGCAUUGCCAGCAACUCCAAUAUUAACGUAAAAGACGCUAACACAUCAGAUAUUGAAGUGCACGACGCCUUUACUAAACGUAAAAUAUCUUUACAGCAUCUCUUCAAUAGUAAUCCCGAACUGUUGAAGCUCUUCACAGACGAAUGUUAUGAUAAGAAAAUUUAAAAUAUUAUAUUAAUACCCCUCUAA